GUUCCCUUAGACUUAAUUGAAUAAAAAAUAACAUAGUUGGGUUGGUCGUCAGAGCGAGUCAAACAUGGCGAGCAACUCGUACAAAGUUCCUAGAAAUUUCCAGCUACUACGUGAGUUAGAAGAGGCGGAAAAAGGAUGUGGUGAUGGAAGCAUAAGCUGGGGACUGCUUCAUGCAGAUGACAUGCAGUUGAACUGCUGGUCAUGUCUGAUUAUAGGUCCCCCAGGAACUAAUUUUGAAAAUAGAGUGUACACUUUGAUUUUGGAAUGUGGUGUCAAUUACCCUAUCGAGCCACCUUCUGCCAAAUUUGUAACAAAAAUACGAAUGAAGGAGGUCAAUGACCAGACUGGAGUGGUGGAUCUAAGGCUAUUGCAUAUGCAGUCUCGGAGUAACAGUUCCCCUUAUUCUAUAAAUGGAGUUUUGCAAGAGAUACGCAACGCAAUGACUUCUAAAGAAAACCGUAAACUUUCUCAGCCCCCAGAGGGCAGCUCGUUCUAAAGAUAUUACAAGAAAAGCCCACCAUUGAUGUCCUGAAACACAUAGCCUAUACAUACCUAGGGGCUUAUGCUAAGAAGUUUUUUUUUUUUUUUUUUUUUGUCAUUGACUAAAAUGAUUUGACGUAACCAAAGAAAAGGAGACUGUGUUGGUAUAUGUCACAAUUUUGUCAAUGCUUCGCCUCAAAUGUUUGAUAAGGACUGUAAAGCAUCAUGAUGCUGAAAAGAAUUAUGCUAGUGUGAGCCUAUGUAUAUGGAAAUAUACAUACAUGCAUGUGCACACUUGCAUAUACAUCUGCAGACAUUGACAUGCAUUGAAUACAUGUUAGUGUUUCACGUGGCAUAUUAUUGAGCCGUUCAUUACAAUUAUGAUACUGGUAAUGAAGAUGUCAAUUUUUUUUAUAUAUACAGCAAAUGAUUUGCUUACAACUGUGAGCUUCAAGUUGUCCAAAGUUGAUUUUUACUCACAGAAUUUAAGGGCAUGUUCAAACUGUGACACUCACAUAAUGAGAAAGAACUGAUACAUACACACAUACAUAUAUUAAAGAAAUAUAUCAAAUUCAGAUUUUUGUUCUGUUACCCCACACACCCACCACCCAAACCCCCUUUCUUCCAACAUGAUUUUUAUCCUCUUAACUUCAAUUUAGACAGAAACAUUGGUCUUACAGAGUAAUAAAUCUGAAAGACGAA